UCCUCAUUUUUCCCGUCCUGACUCGCUCAGAAAUUACGGAAAUGUUUGUUAUGAAGUUAGUUACUGAUUUUGCCGACUGCUACACGGUUCGUUAGUAGCUAACGUGCAUGAAUUCACCUGAUAGAGACUCUCAGCUUACUCUUUUUACGUGUUUUGUCUACUUGUCAUGGCGAUGACGCUGUGUGUUGUUUUUAUACUUUUGGCUUUUGUUGAAAGCUGUGAUGGCAACCUGCGCUUUGCCUCCUACUUUGGAGACCACAUGGUGCUGCAGAAGUCUCCAGAGAGAGCUGUGUUGUGGGGCUACGGCCCCGAGGGUGGACAGGUCACCGUCUCCUUGUCAGGACCAACGCAACAGAACACUGCACCAGUCACUGUGACCAAAGGUAUCUGGCGAAUCACCCUUGACCCUGUCAAGGCUGGUGGGCCCUACAUCGUGAUAGCAGAAAUUGAGGGCAGCACGGCCAUUCUGACAGAUGUGCUGUUUGGAGAUAUUUGGCUGUGUGGUGGGCAGAGCAACAUGUACUUUUUCAUGUCUCAGAUUUUCAAUGCAUCAGAGGAGCUGGCCCUCACAGAGAAGUAUCCUCAUGUGAGGACUUUUAUGGCAGCCUUGAAACUGAGUGAAACUGAGAUGACUGAUCUGAUUCAAGUGGAACUUCCCUGGACUGUGCCUACAGCAAAGAAUCUGAAUGAGUUUUCUGCGGUGUGCUGGCUCUUUGGACGUUACAUGUACGACAUUCUGAAGUACCCCAUAGGGCUGGUAGAGUCCUGUUGGGGAGGCACACCGGUCGAAGCCUGGUCAUCUUCAAGAGCACUGCAGAAGUGUGGAUCAGAGCUGCUCAAUGGUCCUAGGAAUGAUUCUGUCUUGUGGAAUGCAAUGAUCCACCCACUGCUCAACAUGACCAUCAAAGGAGCCCUUUGGUACCAAGGUGAGGCAAAUGCAGGCUAUAAUCAGGACAAGUACAACUGUUCCUUCCCUGCUAUGAUUGAUGACUGGAGGAUGGCAUUUCAUGAGGGCUCAGGGAAGCAGACAGCUAUUGAUUUUCCCUUUGGAUUUGUCCAGCUGUCCACUUCUGAAAAAGGCUCCAAGGACGAUUCCUUUCCGAACAUCCGCUGGCAUCAGACAGCAGACACUGGCUUUGUCCCAAACUCACGGAUGCAGCGAACCUUCAUGGCUGUGGCUCUGGAUCUACCAGAUGAAAAAUCACCCUAUGGCACGAUCCAUCCCCGGGACAAACAGGAUGUAGCCUACAGGCUGACAUUGGGAGCAAGGGCUGUGGCUUAUAAUGAAAAGGACGUGCAGUUCCUUGGACCUUUCCCCAACAACAUCAUGUCCUUGGAAAUGUACGUCAAUAUUACCUACGAUCAGAUGGUCUCUGUUACACCUUCUGAAAACAUCUUUGAGAUCUGUUGCUCUGGGAUUAAGGCUCCAUGUGGGCCUAAGUCCAACUGGGUUCCAGCUCCCAUCAAGCAGUGGGGUCCGACCACUGUCCAGUUAUCUGCCAGUUUGUGUACAUCCAGUGAUGAAGUAGCUGGUCUUCGAUAUGCAUGGAGAAAUUGGCCCUGUGACUUUAAAGCCUGUCCAAUCUACAGCGCUAAUAGGGUUUUACCUGCUCCUCCUUUUAUUGUCAACCGCUACACAGACAAGGGAGACGUUUUGGAAAACCAGAAACUGAACGAGAAACUAUAGGAAAACAAUGUGAUUUUAAAAAAAACAAAAAAAACACAAAUUUGGUCCUUCAGGUCAAAAUGAGCUUAUUUGGACAGAUACAGAAUGUAUCUGUAUACAUACUGUAUGGCAGAACAUUCCAUAUCAUUUUUUUACAUGAUCAGUCUGGACACUGAAAGUGUUUAUUGAAGCUUGGAAAUCCUUGUGGCAGAUAAGUCUAUAUAAUUUGAUUACACUGUUUUUCCUUUAUAAAUCAAAACUGUUAGAACCACUGCCAAUACUUGCUGGACUGUAUGAAUGUAGAGAAACAAGUGUGUUUUUUUAUUUUUCUAACAAAAAUGAUUUUGAAGUUUACAACACAGAUCAGUCCUUUUGACCUACAUCAUUUGCACAAAUAAAUGACAAAUCAAUAACUAA